AUGGACGAAUUACAUGAGGAUGAUACAAAUUCAACAAAUAAUGUUAUUCAAACAAUAAAAUUUGCUUGUGAAUUAUCACCUGAAUUACGAAAAAUUUCAGAACAAACUUUAUUUCGUACAAUGAUUGAUCUUAAAGAUUUAACAAUGAUAAAAGCAUAUGCAGAAGCUUAUAAUAAAAUUGUAAAUGAUAUAUUAUCACGUAAUAAAAAUAAUUUACAAAUACGAAAUCAUUCUAAACGUCAGAAAAUAUCUUCACGUUUAACUCGUGAAUUUCUUCAAUUUAUUUUAAAAUUAUCUUCUCAAAAAGAUAACCAAUUAUUAAUACAAAAUGAAUAUUCAUUUGAAUUAAUUGAUGAAUUAUUUCGAAAAUUUUCUUUACGAUCUGAUGAUAUAUUUAUUCAUCUUGGUUGUGCUUAUGGUCAUCUACCAUUACAAAUAGCUGCUAUGUUAUCAUGUAAAAAAUCAAUUGGAAUUGAAAAUAAUUUAAAUUUAUAUCAUUCAGCUAAAUUAUUUGAAAAAGAAUUUUCUUUUUGGAUGAAAUGGUUUGGAAAAACUUAUAGUGAUUGUCAAAUAAUUCAAGGAGAUUUUUUUCAUGAAAAUUUUCGAUCAAUACUCAAUUCUGGAAAUCUAAUUUUUGUUAAUAAUAAAUCAUUUUCAAAUGAUAAAAAUCAAAAUUUAAAAUUACGUUUUUACGAUUUACAAAGUGAUUGUCGAAUAAUUUCAACACAACCAUUUGGUGAACCAAAUAGUCGAGUAACUGCACGAAAUAUAAACGAUAUUGAUUCAAUUAUGUCUCUUGUUUCAAUUGACAAUUUAAUAACGAAUUCACAAUUAAAAUUUUAUUUACAAAUAAUUGAUUAUUCAAGAAUUGAAAAAUAUUUUAAUGGAAUUCAUCGAAAACGAAAAUCAAAUUUAAAUGAUAAUCAAUUAAAUCUUUGUCAAACUUUAUUCGAUGUUCAAGUUUCAUCAUCUAUACCACUUCAAAUUUUUUCUAAUAAUAUUAAUUCAUCGAAAAAACGAUUCAACAAAACAAAACAAAUUAAAAAUGAAGAACAAGAUUUAUCUUUGACGAUAAAUAAUCAAGAUAAAUAA